GCAGAUCAACCCUAUGAUGAUCUGCAUAAACACCUCUUGGUACAGGCGUGCAAACGUUCAACACAGCACCUAAGAUACAAAGUUUACAAUUCUUACAUGCAGCCAGACAACUUAUCUCUUCGUAUCUGUGUCCACGGCGAUAUCUCUGGACGUGUGACGAGUUUACCCCCAUGUUAGUUAACCAACAAUGAAUGUUUUUGUCGAGUUUUGCUUGGUGACAUGCAAAGUUGUGUGGGCUUUUGUGUUAGCUGGGGCGAGAUGGAUUGUGCGUCCGAAGGAAAAAAAUGUUAGCGGCCAGGUAUGUAUUAUAACCGGUGGUGGAAGCGGUUUAGGUAGGCUCUUUGCCAUUGAGUUUGCACGCCGAGGUGCCACGGUCGUAUUGUGGGACAUCAAUCCACAAAGCAAUGAGGAAACGGCAGAGAUGGUGCGACUUAUCCACGCCACGGGCCACGGGGAGGGUAAUAGGGAAGAGCCUCUGUGUCAGACUCAGGUUUACACCUAUGAGUGUGACGUCAGCAAGCCAGAGGAUGUGUACCUGACUGCAGAGAAAGUGCAGCGAGAGGUGGGCAGUGUGGACAUCCUGGUCAACAACGCUGGGGUUGUGUCAGGGCAACACCUGCUGGAGUGUCCUGAUGAGCUUAUCCAGCGUACCUUGAUGGUCAACUGCCAUGCUCAUUUUUGGACCACCAAGGCUUUUCUCCCCAAGAUGCUAGAGAUGAACAAAGGACACAUAGUGACAAUCGCAAGCUCACUGGGUCUGUUCACCACUGCUGGUGUAGAGGACUACUGUGCCAGUAAGUCUGGUGCGGUGGGUUUCCACGAGUCUCUCAGCCACGAGCUGAAAGCAUCAGAGAAAGAAGGUAUCAAGAUGACGCUUGUUUGUCCCUCUCUGGUCGACACAAGAAUUUUCACGGGCUGCAGAAUCCGGAAAGAGUUGGCUCCCAUGUUCCCUCCGUUGAAAGCAGAGCAGUGUGUGAAGCAGACCAUGAGGGCCAUCCUAACAGACCAGCCUAUGAUCUGCACCCCACGAACCAUGUAUAUAGUCGCCUUCAUGAAGACGAUCUUGCCCUUCGAUGCCACAGUGUGCAUGUACCGGUUUCUUGGAGCGGACAAGUGCAUGUACCCCUUCCUGGCCCGCAGGACUGAUAUCACGAACAACAAUCAAGGCAAAUCUGAGAGUUGUUUGCUUGGUUGAUUGAUUGUUCUUAGUCCCUCAAUAAACUUGUUGUCUACUUAAAUUC